GGUUGCAGACAGGCUUUUCGGGGGGAGUGCCAACUGCUUACGAAACCGGUGCGCGCUUUCAUGCCCAUCCUCUUGUCUGCCUGUUCGGUGAGCACUGGGUGCCGCGUUCCUGCUCCGUGAAGCGUGACAAGCAGGACGGGGGCGCGCCUGCGCCCUCUCCUGAAGACUCCCAAAGAUGUCAGCUCAAGGCCAUACCUGGGCCCAACAGGUGAAGAAGGAGGGUGAGGAAGAGGACCCACUGGACCAGUUGAUCUCGCGCUCUGGCUGUGCUGCUUCCCACUAUGCAGUGCAGGAGUGCAUGGCCCAGCACCAGGACUGGCGACAGUGCCAGCCACAGGUGCAGGCCUUCAGGGACUGCAUGAGUGAACAGCAGGCAAGGCGGCGGGAGGAGCUGCAAAGGAGGAAAGAGCAAGGCAGUGUCCACAGCUGAGACCCCAAACCAUCUAUCCCCAGAAGUUGGCUUGCAGAAACUAGCACCCAGAGAAAUCCUGAACAGUGGACAUGUGGGCCAAAGGGGUAUAAAACUCGGGGAUGGUCAUUGGAAUUGGAGUUGAAAGCCAAGAAGCCAUGAGUUUAGACAUGACUGUCAUAGAAAGAGCUGUCGUAUUUUCAUGAUGAGACCCAAACAUCCUCUCUCAUCUUGUUCCACAAAUAUUAAAUAUUGAUCAAUAUUUGCAAUGUAAUAUGAAGAAUGGGGUUAAGGCAUGCUCUUCUACUGUGUACCUUGGGUCAGUGUGCCAAGUACUCAGCUGAUUACAUGGACAUUGAAUAUUAGAAUUUCCAAUCUAAAGGUAAAUUAGUUACCUGUUCAUGUCUUCAUUUAUUCAGUCAGUGGUUCAACAACAGGUUUUUCUCAGACCUUCUCUAGUGCUGGCACUGUUGGAAACUGAUGUGAUAAAUAAUAUGAUCUCUGCCUUCAUAUUUAGUGUAGUCUGAGAGAAAUAAAACCACACUGGAACAACUAAAUCCUGGCAGUGAUAUAAAUGACUUUAUCUUUCAGAAGUUGUUUUGGAUGUUUCAUUGUAUGAUUAAACAAAUGAGAAAACAAAAACAUGGAGGGACUCUGAUUUAGAGUCUUUAAUUGACAGAUACGGAGUUUGACCUCAUCACACUCCCAACCCAACAAACACAAUGUUAGCUUGACAUUUAAAAAGUACAUUUAACAUAAAAUACAAAUUUUCGCUUUUGAAAAAUAGAGAUGCUAUCAACAUGAAGUUGAACAUAUUGUUACUUGACAAUUUGCUAGGAGCUGAAUACGGUUUCUUUUUUAGGUGGUUGUGUUCUCUGGCUCAUAAAUUGCCACCACUUCUCAUUUUCUUCCAUGGAAUUACAUUACCCAUUCUAUUACUUUCUGCCUAGCCCUGUAAGGCAUUGGGAGUGGGAAGGGAGUUGGGAGAGUGACCCCUGUCAUAGAAGCUGGAAUGCAAAGGGACAUAUGCUGUCAUCACCAGUAAUAUUUCUUGUAUGUUUGUAUCGUACACAUCUUAUGUUGGUAUUUGGGGUGGAGAGAAAGCAAAGAGGGAAGAAGACAGGAAGAAUACCAGUUUAAAGAACAAUAAAAUGCAAUUUCAGCCUCCAAGCGGAAGGGGCAGACUGGGUAUAUGAGUGUAUAUAUAAAGAUGAAUGUGUGUUCAGUGCUGGGGGUCAUUGG